CCGCGUUUCAUCUUCUUGCCUAUUCUUCGCUAGCUAACACAGAUUUUUUGGUUCUGAUCAAAACCAGCAUCAUCAAAAUCAAAACACAGCAGCUCAAAUUCGAUUUCUUGUAGCAAAUUUACUUGCACCAGAGGAGACAAAGUAGUAGCACAUUCUUCCUCAGUUUUCCUCACAAAAAAAGUUUGCGUCUUUUGGAUCUCUUAUGGCAUUUCAACCCAAAACUGAACCUGGGUCCUUGCCGAGGUCCAUUCCUACCGCCAAUAAGAAAGAAUACGGUGAAAUGAGCAUAUCCGAGCUAGUUUCUGUGCUGCGUAUUGCGUAUAAAAUUGAGGAUUUUGAUAAAAUUGAGCAAGAGUUGGUAACGAGGGAAUCAAAACUUAGGGCGGAGAUUGGCUCACUCGGGGAGAAGAUUGAGCUGGAGAGGCUCAAGAGAAUUGAAGUCGAAAGACCAAAAAUCAGAGAGGUGCAAUGUGAAAAGGGGAAGAGAGCCCAGGAGAAUUAUGAGCAAUUGUUGAAGGAAGUGAAAACAGGUGGCUUGGUUGAAAAUCAUGCUAUCGAAGAGUUAAGGGGGAAGAACGUUGCUUUAGAACGUGAAGUGUGUGAGCUGAAGGAGUUCAGGAAAAUAAUGCUAGAUGAGAUGAAAUCUGUUGCUGAACUAAGGGACACGAUCCGUGUGUUGAAGGAGGAGAAGGUUGGGGACAAGAAUGCUCUGGAUGUCCUGAACAUGAAGAACAUUGAAUUGGAGGAAGCAUUUAAGAAGAAUUUGACUGUCAUAGAGGGGUUGAGGAAUGAAAUUGGUAAACUGACAGACGAGAAACACGGACUUAAGACAUUAUUUGAAUCUAUGGAGAGGAGAUAUAGUAAAUUCUGUGUCCAUGAUGUGAAGUUGGAAGAGAGUACUAUGCCUUUGAUCAGUGAAGAUGCGUCUCAUCGUGGGAACACUGAAGUGGAGCCUAAUCUUGGAGUUUCUUUCGCUGUCAAAGAUGAAAAGGAUGUUAGUGACUACGAGCUUGAAAAUGACACGGGGGGACCUGUUCUUUUACAAGGGGAUGAAGAUACUCAUUACUCUGUUGAUAUUGGCAAUGCUCAGUCUCCCAAAAAAGGGAACAAGGAGGAUGCUGUAGGUGCAUUAGGGGUAAAAUUCAAAUUGGAAAAGGAGAUCGUGGACCUAAGUGAUGAUGAUGAUGAUGAUGAUAAGUACACAUCACAAGGAUUGCAUGGAGAGAAAGUUAUUUCUCAAAUAAUUGAAGAAAAUGAACAUCCACAAAGGGUUGAAAUGAUCAAAAGAAAACGUGCUUCUGAUAUUCAGGCUUCUACUUCCACAUCUACAUCCUCUGCUGAUUUAUUUGAAAAAGAAAAUCUCCCUGUAAAGAGAACACCAUUGGCAACUCCCACACAGGACACUCCCUUGUUUUCCUCACCAUCAUUGUCUCCAUCAUGCCAAUUUAGGUACUUGACUAGUCCACCUUCUCACAGUGGUACUAAGGUUUUAGUUAAGAAGGUUAGAGGCAGCACACGUUUGAGGAACUUGACAAGACGAAUCAGUGGAAAGAGACUUCAAGUCCACAUUGAUGCAGCUACAGGGAGGCCAUCAGGUCCGAACCGUGACACAUUCACUAGCUAUUUAGGUGCAUUGGCACGUGAGAAGGUGUCGAUUUUGCAUCCUUCAUGGGAUCACGUGAAGGAGUCAACAAAGAAGUUGCUUUGGGAGGAUAUUUUGGCACACUUUGAGAUAGUACCAUCUGAAGCUGUCAAGGGGAAGACAUUAUCUUCAAUUGCAAGCAUGUGGAGACACUUUAAAACCUACCUCACUACGCGAUGGGCUUUGAAUGAGGAUAAAAUUAACCGAGGAAUGACUCCAUGCAAUAUAUAUGGUAUCGAUGAGGAUACGUGGAAGCAGUUUGUGCAGACUCGGUCUAAUGCAUCUUGGGAGAAAAAGAGAAAAAAAGCUCAAGAAAUCCAAAAGAAGAACGAUACUCCUCAUCGGUUAUCUCGAGGUGGUUAUCGGUUAUUGGAGGAGAAAUUGAUGGCUGAAAAGAUCAAAUUAAGGGAAGAGCAGACAUCAGAAUGUGAUAUUGAGGCUCAGACCAACACUAGUCCCCCUUCUCCUCCUUCCCGUCACGUUAAAUGGAAGAGGGCUCGAAUGACAUCAUCAGGCCAAUUCACGUCAGAAUCAGCACUUCAAAUUGCUAAGCGCAUUGAUUCCCUGGAGAAGCAGUCCAAACAGGGUAUGUUUCAUCCCUCCGGACGUCAAGAUAUACUGGCUACUGCUAUUGGACGUCCAGAGCAUCCUGGUUGUGUUCGUACAGCUGGUAAAGGUGUGGGAAUACGACAAUAUUUUGGACCAUCCUCUCCACAUGUUCACACUGCUUCAUCGCUGAGCCAUGAGGAGUUGGAAAAGAUUGAACAACAAAUAGCUGCGAGGUUGAAGACCCAAAUCACUGAGCAGGUCAUGCGGGAAAUGUCUUCAGUUGAUCCUUCUUCACUCUCCUCACAAGCACCUCAGUCUCCUCCUUUAGCUCCUCGUGUUAGCACAAUGGAAAGUUCUGCUGCUGUAGUUAUAGACCCGUCAAGUGACAAGACUCACUGACACCAAUAGUUGGAAUGAGUUAUAAUGAGGCUCCUAUAUUAUCCACCCCACACCAUUGUGAAAAGAUUAUGUUAGGACACUGGUUUAAGAUGUUUCACUAAUCAAGUUCAAGCAACACAACCUUGAAAGACUUGUUUUAUUUGGCCCCUACAGUAACAUUAAACAAGGAUUCUGAUAGCCUAGCAAAGGGGUUCUUCUCUAGCGUGACACUGUAAGAGCUGAUAACUUUUUGGCUGAAUCUUUUGCAUCCUCCUUUCCAGAGAUAUAGUGAGAUGUUUUCUUUCCUAUUUAAAAUGAUGAAUGAGAACAUGUCAGUUAACAUAAAUUACAGGAAUGAUCUGGAACUUUUUGUGGGAAGUAUUUGAAUAUUUCAAUCAUAUGGGGAUGUAAAUUUGUAGAACUUAGAAAUGUUUAAGACAUGUAUAGCUAU